AUGGCGACGCAUACUGGCAAACCCCCUUCCAGGGCUGGCAUCACUCAACGGCAAGGAUUUUUCGAGCCUUACAACAUCCGAGGCCAGAUGCUCUUCCAGAAUUUCGUCAUGCUGAAGAUGUUCCUUUCAGCCAUCGUCGCAAGCAUCGUUUGGUUUAGCAUCCUUUCGCUGCUCCCCUUCACGGCAUCCAAGUUCCAGUCAGCGCGCAACAAUCUAGGUUGUCGGAUGAACAGCAAAGGGAUGGCAGCGGCCGCUAUCGGUGGUGCUAUGUUGGGCAUCGGCAUGGCCUUGUCAGGAGCCUGUCCGGGAGCUGUUUUGAUUGAAGUAGGAGCUGGUGUCCAACAUGCAGGUAUGACAUUCAUCGGUUGCUUGGUUGGUGCAGUGCUGUAUGGAAUCACAGAAGAAUCUGUCAAUAACAUGAUCAGACCCUCCGAGCAGAUAACAGUGAAAAAGUUAGAUGAACAUGUUGGUGUGCCAUACAUCAUCUUCGCCUUACCAGUAGCCCUGGUCAUCAUGCUAGCCCUGGUCCUAAUCGAGUACAUGGCCCCAUGGCAGACCGAGCUUACAAGCCCUAACGCGAGUGAUGUACUGACCGGAUUGAUUGAUUUUAUUUCGCUUAGGUCAUGGCCACCUGUUCUGGCUGGCAUGCUGGUCGGGUGUCUCCAGCUGCCCAUCGUCCUGGCUGUGGAUGAACCAAUAGGUGGCAGUAGAGGAUAUUGCACCUUGGUAUCUCAGGUGAUUCCUAUGAGCUUCCUUGAGAAGUUCUCACCUUAUCUCAAGGCAUCUAGGACAGGCCUUAAGAAUUGGUGGCAGGUCCUGUACAUCACAUCAGCGAUUGGUGGUGCGGCAGCCUCGGCUCUUUCCUCUGGUACAUGGUCUUCAACGGUGGGAGUUCCUCCCCUGCAUGCACUGCUGGGCGGUGUGGUCAUGAUCUAUGGCUCCAGAUUGGCGGGAGGAUGUACGAGUGGUCAUGGUCUCUCCGGUAUCGGUUCACUCUCAAUCUUAUCUUUCAUCGCUAUUCCAGCCAUGUUUGCUGGAGGCAUCGCUACAGCAGUUACCAUGACAACCCUCGGUAUCUACUGAACAGCAUCCAUGCCGCAGUCUUCAUCUUUUUUUAUACUUGAUUAAAAAAAUAAUUUCUUCGAAUCUCAAGAAAGACAUGAUUUUUUUUUCAACAAUGCUGCAUCCUAAGAUUUACCUCAUGUAACUGUUUAAAGAAAAAUAGUGUCAGACUUUCACAUAAAAUAUGGUGAGUCCUUUGGGAUGAGUCUGGCAGUUUUACUUGAAAGGUAGAAAUUUGCUGAUAGAAAAAUGUUGCUGCAUGUUCAUUGCAUUUACUAUUUAUUUAUUUAUUAAACACUAACUCGGACGAAAAUUUGUUGAUAUACUAUUCAUCAAACUAAUCAAUUUCAUCAGUCAAUGUAGAUGUAUUCAAAAAACCAUAAUGGAAAUUCAAGAGGUAGAGAUUCAGGUGAUACAACGUCAGGUUAUGAAUUAUGAAUUGAUUUGCACAUUUAAAUACCUCUAACAAAAUGAAACAUAACUUCAAGUCACUAAGUCCUGUUUAAGUAGAAUCCGCAUCAAUUAUAGUAUCUCUGAGAAGUCAUUACAAUCGAUAACAAAGUUAUGAGAAUGUUUAAGAAUACUUUUUUGCCUUAAUAUGAGUAAUAUAAUUCAGUUCACAAGUGCCUUAAGAAAACUAAUAUAUUCAUAAAGUGUAUAAUACUCUAUGUAUUGAAUUAUUUCUUCUCUUUUCAUUUUUUUGCUGCAUUGUUGCAUAUUCAGAGUAUACAUGUAUAUGUGUGUAUAUAUCUUUGUAUAUAGAAGCUUAUGCCAAGAAGUUAACUCCAAGAUUGAUGGAUGAUUUGCAAUUUUACUUGGAGUUUUAUCUUUUAAUGGAUCACGAUGGUGGUCAAUUCUGUCUCCCACCGAACGUGUAUAAAGUCUUGCAUUAUUCAUUUUGACAGGCAAAAAUGAUUAAAUUUUUAGAUAUGCGCCACUGUAAAUAUGAUUAAUAUUACAUUUGCAUGACAGAAAGAAAUGGAACUGCUACUUAAUGUAUAUAGUAUGAAGAAAGAAUAUUAGUGAGAUUUCAUCUUGUAACUGGACGGGUUGCUACCUCGAUAUACAAGGACUAUGUGGUGAUAUUAACAGUACUAUUAGGAGUCAGGCAUCAAUGAAAUGGAAAGAAUUUGGGAGUGGCACUGGUGGUGAGAAGUCCUGAAUGUUUCGAAAGAAGUGAAAUAUAAUGGAAAUUCAUGUACAUUCAAGAUGAGAAAUAUACAGGAAUAAACCGAAUAGAUGAUUGAAAUAUUCUUUAUGGUAAUUAUGAUCAUGCAGGCAUUUUACGGGCUAUAUAUUCAAGUUUGUUAAAGUAAAUCAUGAAAAUAUAUAAUCGUUGAGUGAUGUCCAAUUCAAGCGUGUCUCAUGAUACAAAUUCAAGUUCUUGAAAAAGGCAUUUUAAUUUGCAAUAACCAACCCUCCCCCCAAAAAAAAAUGCAUAAGACACAACAAUCUGUAUAAAGUUGUCUUGAAAUUAUUCCUUUCAUCUUAAAAUUGGAAAAACUUGGCUUAAACUCACGACCCUACAAUGCUUACUACUAUGCUGCAAGAUAAGAAAAGAGACAUUACAUAUUUCUAAAAAUAUGCUGCAGUUUGUUUUGAAAUUGAUUUGUUACUUGAUGGUUCUCCUCAUAAUUAUUGUCCAAAACAAUUUCGUCAAUCAUUUUCUAAUUUGAAAUAAGAUGAAAUGCCAUUUAUAUUGUGUCUAUACUAUAAUCUAUACAUGAUUGGAAAUAUCACAAGGAGUAUUUAUCUGAACAAGACAACUCUAUAAAUCUUCAAAUGAUUUUGCAAGUUAUGGAUUGGUGUUGCAUAUCUAUAUCAUUGCCUAACAUGAUGUAUUCGGCUCAUGUAUGCUCUAAAAUGCCAAUGUCUAUUGCACUAAAAUAAUUUGGUAGCUUGAGCCUUUGAUUGAAAAUUAUAUUUUUGAAAAUAUUUUGUAGACAUUGUAUCUUAAGGUUCACUGUGAUGCUGGAAUUAGAUUUAAGUCUCUUCUCAUUAUUUUUCAUUAUUCAGUUCAUCAUAUUACUAAAAUAUGCUAUUGUCAUCUCGUAGAUAAGCCCAUAAUUAGUCCCAGCUUUGAGUAUAUGCAUAUUUGCCAGAUGGACUUUUUAUCGUGUUUUGUAAAUUUUUCCUUAAACCAGAACAAUGAUUAUCCACCUAAACUUUACCUCAAAUUUAUAUAAACUUCUACUGUCGUGGUGUAUAUUCUGAUAAAAACAUAAUAUAUGUUAAUUUAUGUUACAUUUACUUUUUUUGAUGAAGGUGUCGUUGGUUGAAUGUUUUAUACUUCUCAAAUGAUGUUUAUACUUUGAAAUUUUAUAUAAUCGAUAAUAUUGUGAUUUGUAUUUGAAAGAAAUGUAUUCAGGUAAUAUGUGCUUUGGUGACUGUAAGUUGCCAGUUGGUCUACAUUUAUAUCUGCUUUGUCUACUUUACAUUUGGUCUCAUCCCACAUGGUCUAAUACAGGGUGGUGUUUCAUAAAGCUGUUCCUAAAGUCACGCACAACUUUACGCACGACUGGAACCUGUUCUUAGGCACUAAAUCAGUUACAUAGGGAUAUCAUUUAGAACAAGAAAGGAUCACCAGUCGUGCGUAAAGUCAUUCGUAUCUUACGAACAGCUUUAUGAAACGGGCCCCUGGUACGUCUACAAUUAGUUAGUCUACUAACCAUUUGGUCUAUUAACUGGCCUAAUUUAGCCCACCUACCACUUUUUAUCUAAUAUCUAGUUAGAAUAGACCCACUUUGUGUAAAAUCCACUUGGUCUAAUAUCACUUCGUCUACAAGGUUAGAUGAACUGUAUUUAUGAACCAUAUUUUCAUUUCACAAAGUGAAAUAUAAUAUUUUUUCAUUUGUAAAGAGUAAACAAUGAUAAUUUAGACGAAGUGGAAAAUUAGACCAAAUGGCAUUAGACUAAAUGAGAAUUACAUGUAGACCACAUGGGUAUUGUAGACCAUAGAGCAAUUAGAUCAAAUUGAAAGUGGACCAAAUGGGAUUAGCCCAUGUGGUAUCAGACUAUCUGGGAAGAAGACCAAGUACUUUUAGACCAAGUAAAUAUAUAUAUACCCAUGUGCUUGGUGACAUGUGGCACCAGCAUUUUGUACAAGACCAUACUGAGUACAUGUAAUAUUGCAUUUAAAUAAAGGAACAUCAUAAUAUGCAAUCUAUUUCUUGAA